AAAAAAACAAUUGUGACGCAAAAGAUUGGUUAGCACACAGACAGACAGACAGACAGACAAAGAGACAGACAGACAGAGAGACAGACAGACAGACAAAGGCAAACAGACAGAGUGGAAGAAAGGUAAUAUUGCAGUUUCAAUCAUUCCUUUGUGUGUGUAUGUGUGUGUGUGUGUGUGUGUGUGUGUGUGUGUGUGUGUGUGUGUGUGUGUGUGUGUGUGUGUGUGUGUGUGUGUGUGUGUGUGUGUAACUAACCCUUGUAUACCAUUCUGCAAAGUGUAGUAGUAGUAGUAGUAGUCGUAGUAGUAGUAGUAGUAGUAGUAGUAGUAGUGGUAGUAGUAGUAGUAGUAGUAGUAGUAGUAGUAGUAGUAGUAGUAGUAGUAGUAGUAGUGAAAAAUAAAGAAAACAUUCGAUUCGUUCUUGGAAAAAAAAAAGCGAUAUUGUGGAACCGUUAUUUCUGCAGUUCUACGAGUUCGUGUGCGUGCGUGUGUGCGUGUGUGUAUGCGUAUUUCCUGUUCUUCAAGAUAGACACAGACAGACAGACAGAUAGCUAGACCUCUCUUACACACACACACACACACACACACACACACACACACACAUACAAGACACACAACCCCCCACCCCCUCCCACCCUCCCCCUCACACACAUACACAGACAGACGAACAAACAGACAGACAGACAGACAGACAGACCCAAACUGCCUAUCACACAAAGCAGGAAACCAAGCGUCACCUCAGCACGAUACAGUACAAAGAAAUGACAACAGAGGGUCGAUAAGAAAGCAGAAAAACAACCUACUAUCUUCAGCAGUAAUAGUAGCAGACAGAGUAGCAGUAUAGUUGUGGAACAGUGAACAUGGCCGUGGUAGCAGGGAGGAGGGGAAAGCAUACCCCCUUAGACCUCAUCCUCUUCCUUCUCUUCCUCCUCCUCCUCACUGAAGUCAAAAGUGAGGAAAAGGAAAGGAGAAUUACAAUCAAUAACACCUGGCCGAUCUCACCUGUUGGGAAUUUCACGACUUUGCUCUCCUCCAGUGAUUUGGUGUUGAAAGUCUUCCUGCACUCGUUAACGCCAGUCGGUGAAGAGGCAGAAGAUUCGAAGUACACUGUUCAAUCCACCUUACUCAUCGCCUACUGCCAGGAACUCGAGCCAGAAUGGAAGUCGACGAUGGAGUUCUAUAACAAAACCGGUGCAUACAAUGAUAUUCCUUUUGAUAACCUUGGACAUAGCAGGGUGUUUGUGCUUCUGAAGGAGGUGAGAGAGGAAGAAGAGGAGAAGGAGGAUAGUAUGAAGAAAGGGGAUGAGAAGAAGGAAAAGGAAAAUGGGAUAGAAAAGAAGGAGGAAGAGGAAGAACAGGAGAGUGCUGGAUUGGUGAAGAUAGAAGGGAAGGAGAACAAAACGGGAACAAAGGAGGAAGAGGAGAACAAGAGUAAUACGUUGAUAAGGAAAGAAGGAAUGGAGAACAAGGAAAAGGAGGAGACGAUGGAAGAGAAAGAGGGAGAGGAAGAUGAGCGUGGCUUGUUGGGGAAGAAAGAAGGAAUAGAAAACAAGGAAGAGGAGGAGACGAUGGGAAAGAAAGAGGGAGAGGAAGACGAGGGUGGCUUGUUGAGGAAGAAGGAAGGAAUUGAGGAAAAGAAAAAGGGAGAGAAAGAAGAGGAAAAGGAAAAGGAGAUUGUUUACAAGAUCAUCGGGGUGUUGGAAGCAAAAGACAGCAGUUAUGAAGAGAUCUGUAAACACUACCCAGGGUGCAGGGAGCUUUCUGUAAACUUGACCUCGACCGCCAUGACCUACUACACGGGGGUCAGAGGUCAAGAGGUCACGGAGUACCAGGUGACCCCGGGAGCCGAGGUCAAGGUCACCUGCGCCACUGAGAAGUUUGAAGACCACCUAAAAUUUGCGGGUUAUAAUUUGACCCUGGUUCGAGUUAGCGAGGGUAAAGAACAGGUGAUGACGUCAAAGGUGGGCCGGAAUGUCUCUCAUCCGUUCACCGUACCCAUGACGUCACAGGUGUACAGGUGUGAUGUUACCUGGCGCGGGGAGCCUGAGAGCGUGAUGGCCUCAAAGAACAUAAGCGUGAGACCUAUUGACACGAGUAAACCACCUGAGCUUACCUUAAUCACUCCCUUCCCUUCCUCCCUCACCUGCCCAUCCUCCUCCUCCUCCUCCAUUCCCAGCAUCACCUUCAAAUUUUGGGCUCAUCCUUCCUCUCAUCUCACCUGGACUCACCCCAAUGGUACAGUCUUGGAUGAGGGGGACUGUCUUAAAUUGAGCCAGAGAGAUGAUCGCUGUCCCUGGGGUGAGCUAACUUUACGUGUGAGAGAGAAUUUCGAUGCCACAGACCUCGGUAACUACACUCUGAGGCUCAGCACAUUGCGGCGCCCUCAGCUCAUCGUCAGCACCCCGUUCUUCGCUGACUGUCCCCCCACGCACACCACCCCGUCCAUCACCGGGGGGGUCACGGAGGGUCACGUGCUCGCCGACUCCACCUUCAACGCUACCUGCUCCACCUGGGGGUCGCCGCGCCCCUCCCUCGCCCUCACCACCUGUACCAGAACCACCUGUGAGAAUGUUGAGGGGGGGACUGAGGUGCCGAGCCGCAGAUUAGCACACCUGGUGAAGGAGUGGCAGGUGCGGGUGCCCCCAUCACCUGCCCGGCUCCUGAACGUCACCUGUGCAGCCUCCAAUCAAGAGGGCCAACAGGUAUCCGAGAGCAGGCAGGUGUUCAUCUCAGAUGCCGACUCUCUGGACGAGCACAAACUCUUCGACACCAGAAGCUACAUUGAAGGUGAUAACGCCACUCUCACCUGCCAAUUAAGCCUCGCCUCCGACUCACCUGCUAACCUCACCUGGAUGAAGGGGACGCAGAAUCUAACCCACAGAGAGACAGGUAGCGACACGCCUUACCUGAAGAGAGUUACCUUGCCCUUGUCACCUGUCCAAUUAGCUGAUGAGGGUCUGUACACCUGUGUGACUUCGGGGCAGGAGGUGACGGUGGCGGCGGUGGAGGUGAAAGUGACAGCCAUGGCGGCCCCGCAGUGGUCAGCUAACCAUACCCUCAACGUGACCUUUGACCUCCGGGAGCGAGAGACCCUGACGCUGGAGUGCGGAGCCGAGGGAGUCCCCGAACCCCGCUACACCUGGACCAAGAUGGAAGACGGAGAGUUGAAGGAGGAAGAAGAAGACCCAGAUGAAGGAGAAGAAGAAGGAGAAGGGAGAGGAAAAGAAGAAGUAAAGGAAAAUAAAGGAAAGGGAGAGGAAAAGGAAGAAGUGAUAAUCGAUGCCAAGGUAGAAAGGAAAGAGGAGAGAGGGAAAACUGGUGGAGGUGCAGACGUAGAUGAAAGAGAAGAGAGAAGGAGAAGAAGAAGAGACUUACGAAGAGCAGGAGAGGGAGGAAUUGAAGAAGAAAGAGGAGGAGGAGGAAACACGGAAAGAGGAACAAGAGGAAAACAAGAGGAAAGAGAAUCACCCAGAAAAGAAAAUAAAGAAGAGAAAACAGGAAUGACAAGAGAAGAAGGAAAAGGAGAAAAGGAAAAUAGGAAAAGAAGGGAUGCAGGAAAAGGAAAUGAGGAAGAGGAAAUUGGAAAAACAGGAGAAGAAGAAGAAGGGAAAGAAAAAGAAAAAGAAACAGGAGAAGAGAAAGAAGGAGAAAACGCGGGAAAACCAACAACAUUAACGAAUGAAGAAGAAGAAGGAGAAAAAGAGGAAGAACGAACAAGAGGAGGAAAAGAAGACACGAAAACAACAACACCAAUUCCAACAACAACAACAACAACAACAACAACCUCCUCGCAAGACAGCCUCCCAGCAUCUUCAUCUCUCACUCUGGCGAAGGGGCGGGAGAAGGAUGCUGGCCUGUACAUCUGCGUGGCGGAAAACAGGGCAGGGAGACUGACGGCUUGGUACAGGGUGAAAUACGUGAGCCCAGAACCCCUGCUAAACCCUGCCGUGCACGUGAUGAAGGUUGCGCUGGUGGUUGUCGGUUUCCUCCUCUUCCUCCUCCUCAGCUGGUGUCUCCGUAUGCAGUGGAGGCGUCAUCGCUUCACUCUGGAGGUGGCGAAGGAGUGGAAGGCUGGUCACGUGUCCGCCAUCAACCCAGCGCUUUCCUUACAAGACCAAGCCCACCUCUUGCCCCUGAAGCCCAAAUUUGAGGUCUCCAGGCAUGACAUAACGUUUGACAAGCUCCUGGGCUGCGGGGCUUUCGGGCGCGUCUACAGAGCAACGGCGAAGAACUUGGACCCCGGGGACGUCGAUGCAGGGGUGACGGUGGCGGUGAAGAUGAUCCGAGCGAGAAACGACAAGAACCAGCUGUUGGCCCUUCAGUCGGAGCUCAAGAUACUGAUGCACAUUGGCAAACACGUCAAUAUAGUUAACUUGGUGGCUACAUGUACCAAGAACCUACAUAAGAAAGACCUGAUGCUUGUGGUCGAGUACUGUCGCUUCGGUAACAUCCUCGAUUACAUGCGGCGUCACAGGGGAGACUUUAUCAACCAGCUCACAGAAAACGGGGAGGAGUUCGUCUCGGCCCCCUCCUCCUCCUCCUCCUCCUACCCGACGUACCCUCUCUCCUCCUCCUCCUUCAUUGAUGGAGAGAAGGAAGAUGGAAGCAACAAGGAAGUAUACAUCAGCACAGAUCGAGUCCUGUACCACACCGCAGGGACCCAGGUGACCUCCACACAGCCGAGUGUACCUGGCGGUGGUGGUGGUGGUGGAGGUCACGUGACUCUCCCCUCCACCGCCAACACGCAUCUGGGUUCUGACAUGACCUGCGUGACCCUCAUUAGCGACACGCACAACCUGGAGGGGCCGAGUUUACCUGUUGACCCGGAGCACCUGUCCCGCCCCUUGUGUUCCCGCGACCUGCUGUGUUGGGCCUUCCAGGUGGCGCGCGGCAUGGACUUCCUGGCGUACAGAAAGGUGUUGCACGGAGACCUGGCGGCACGGAACGUCUUGCUCACGGACGGGAACUUGGUGAAAAUCAGUGACUUCGGGCUCGCUAAGGACAUUUACAAGUACAACAAUUACAAAAAGGACAAAAACUCGCCGCUGCCUGUCAAGUGGAUGUCGGUGGAGGCGCUGCGGGACGGGCUCUUCUCCACCCAGAGUGACGUGUGGUCCUACGGCGUCGUCCUCUGGGAAAUGUUCAGCCUCGGCCAGUGUCCCUUCCCCGGGGUGACGGUAGACGAGGGCUUCAUCAAGAGCCUGGAGAGUGGUCAGAGGAUGGACCGUCCCAAGUACUGCACCAGAGCCCUGUACCAGGUGAUGCUGGACUGCUGGGCCACGCUGCCGGGGGCGCGGCCGUCCUUUGGGUCGCUGGAGGCCAGGCUGAGCAGGAUGUUGUCGGCCGGGGACACCAAGUACUACAAGGAUCUACAAACGGCAGUGGAGGCGAAGGAGGCGAUAGAGGAGGUCGAGGGGGCGGGAGGCGAGACAGCAAACCAGGACUCAAACUAUCUCAACAUGGGCUGUAACCUCGACUACGCCAACCUCGCGCCACCCUGCAACACCCAGCACACCGCAACACACCCCAGCGACAGCAACACCGGGAACACAGAGGAGGAAGAAGAGGAGGAGGAUUCAUAUGUUUCCAUCAACACGGUACCAACGCCAUCUCUCCCUGACUCACCAAAACCUCCUACCCCCACGAAAGAAAAUAAAGGUUACGUGUCCUUGUCUAAUAUCGAGAGUUUGAUGGUGAGUAGAGCCAGGGGUGAUAACAGGGGUAAUGUGAGACCUCGUACCUCCUUCCCUGUUAUCGUAACCCCUGUCGAAGGAUUGGAAGAGGAAGGGGAAGCUCUUUUGUAACUGUCUUUUUUUGUGCCUUUUUGGGGUGAAUAGAGACAUGGACAGCGCCAGGGGUAAUAACAGGGGUAGUGUGAGACCUCGUACCUCCUUCCCUGUAAUCGUAACCCCUGUCGAAGGAGUGGAAGAGGAAGGGGAAGCACUUUUGUAACUGUCUUUUUUGUGUUUUUUGGGGGUGAAUAGAGACAUGGACAGCGCCAGGGGUAAUAACAGGGGUAGUGUGAGACCUCGUACCUCCUUCCCUGCCACCGUAACCCCUGCCGAAGGAUUAGAAGAGGAAGGGGAAGCACUUUUGUAAUCGACUGUCAUUUUUAUGCAUUUUUCGGGGUGAACAGAAGCAGGGGUAGUGCCAGGGGUGAUAACAGGGGUAGUGUGAGACCUCGUACCUCCUUCCCUGCCACCGUAACCCCUGCCGAAGGAUUAGAAGAGGAAGGGGAAGCACUUUUGUAAUCGACUGUCAUUUUUAUGCAUUAUUUAGGGUGAAUAUAGAGACAGGGGUAAUGGCAGGGAGGGCGACAGGGGUAGUUUGAAGGAAAGGGCGUAAGAUUAAAAUGAUAUACGUGUUUCCUUUAUAUCAUAGCUUAUACUGUACUUGUUGCCUUAUGUUAGAGUGUAAGUUCGUAUUGGCAAUGAUAGAAAAAUAUAUAUAACAUGUGGAAAUACUUUAAACUCCAACACACACACACACACACACACACACACACACACACACACACACACACACACACACACACACACACA